UAUAUAUAAGUGUCUGGUGAGCAUUUGAUUCUUCAGUUUUCAUCAAGAUUCAGUGAAGUUUUCACAAAAUUUCUUAGUUCUUAUCGUAAUAAUAUCAAUAUCAGAAAGAAAUAAACAAGUAUCGUAAGUGGACAAUAUUUAACGAGAACAUAUAGUUAUAUUUGAAUAUCAAAAAACAAAGUAUCAGGAUGGUGGAUUCCGUCUUUUUAACACGUUCGCUCGGUACACCAGCGGAGGGUGUAAGAGAUCAAUAUGCCGAUGGAAAAGCUGCCAAAGUAUGGGAAGUUUUCAUCGGCGAUAAAAAUCAGAGGACACAAAAUUAUCGGGACUUUUUGGUGGGUCUCCUUAAGAAGAAAGGUUGCCAUAGAAUCUUGGAUGUUGCCUGUGGUACAGGCGUAGAUUCGGUAAUGCUCCUUGAAGAAGGCUUCGAGGUCGUCAGCGUUGAUGCUUCCGAUAAAAUGCUCAAAUAUGCUCUCAAGUCCAGAUGGGAGAGAAGAAAGGAACCAGCUUUCGAUAAUUGGGUGAUCGAGGAAGCAAAUUGGUUGACAUUAUAUAAGGAUAUCAGUCAUUUAAUUGGAGACGGUUUCGAUGCUGUUAUUUGCCUUGGAAAUAGUUUUGCACACAUGCCCGACUCCUUUGGCGAUCAGAGAGAGCAAAAACAAGCCUUUGCUAACUUCGAACGUUGUGUCAAACCAGGUGGAUUGUUUCUGAUCGAUCACAGGAAUUACGAUUAUAUUAUACAAACCGGUAGCACACCACCCAAAUGUAUAUACUAUAACAGUCGACACAUGACUAAUAUAAAAACAUCAGUACUAUUCAUAUCAGGCAAACCAGCAAUCGUGACUCUGGACUAUAUGAUUACUAUCGACGAAAAAACAAACAAAAACAAUUCAGAAAACGUUAACGAAUUUAGGUUAUCAUAUUAUCCUCACAGAUUGAACGUUUUUAGCGAUAUGCUUGCAGAAGCAUUUCGAUUUAAAGCAAAACAUACGAUAUACGCUGAUUUUAAACCAAUGGAUAUGAUAAAGAAUCCUGGAUUUUACAUUCACGUGCUGGAAAAGUACUAGUUAAUUAAGUAAUCUCGUUACGAGAUUCACAAAGGAAAGAAAUUCACGUCGAUGUGUAUUUUUCUUAUACUUUCGACGAUUCUCAUAUGCCGUAUUACGAGAAAUGAAUUUUUAUUGUAGGAGUUAAAACGAUUUCUCGAUGAUUGAUCUCUUAAGAUAUACACGUAAUUCGAGAUUACGAUGAGAGUUAUUCUCUUUUUCUUUUUUAUUGGUUACGAAAUAAAAAGAAAAUUGUCACUCGUAGAGCCUAGAAAAAAAUCUAUUAAAACAAUAUUGCUCAUAAAAUUGUGUAGUAAUGUUCCAUACUAAAGAUGUGAUUAUACAUUAUCAUUGUGAUAAUAAUAUAACAAACUUACUAUAUAUUUACGGAAAUGCGUGGGUAGUCGACGAAUAAAAUACUUGUUAUCAA